AUGCUUGAAGCUGCAGAAGAACGGUGUGGUCAUGAUUCUCAACUGGAGAUCCUGACUGUCAUGGUCGAGCAAAUGAGGAUACAGCUUGACGAAAUGAAGUCAAUUUUCUUAGCCACAGUCAAGGAAAAAGCGACCGCAUCGGAACUGGAGGAAGAAAUCGAUCGGUUGGUUGCCGAAGGAAUGAUUUCUGCAGUAGAACACUCAGAAUGGGUCGCGCCAAUAGUUGUUGUCGAGAAGAAAAACGGAAAGAUUCGUUUAUGUACUUCUGACAAGACUAAACGAUGCAUUGCAGCUGCAUAA